GCUGGAGCCGGCCAGGUGAGAGCAGUGGCGCUCGGUACCUCCACCGACAGCAGCGAAAAAGCAACUAAACAGCAGAGGGAGAGAGCGAUCAAAGUGCACACCUACUCGACGGCAGAACUGAGGUGCUUGAAUCUGAUGGAAGGAAGAACCAAUUCCAGUAUCUUCAUGCAAGUAACAACUUAGUCAUGUUUUCUUGAGCUAUUUCUCCAUUGACAUGAGGCCAGGAAGCUGCCCAGCUCUCCCAACAUACCAGCUAAGUUUGAAUGAAAACAGCAAGUACAAUUCAUCUUGGAAAGUGAAGGAAGGCAUGGUUUGAAUGGCUGUCACUGGGUGAGGAUUUAAUAAACAUCAACGGCUAAGGAAUUCAUAGAACGGUGCAGAAACUCUGUGUCUUAACAGCAAAGCUCCUGUUGUUUCGUUGUGAAAAUCUGCACUCUGUAACCAGAUCUGGUACCAUGUGACUGGCCCUGGAGCUAUUAUGAUUUGUCAACUAGAGGCACCGAGCUCCACCUACUUGAAAUGAUGGGCAUUUAUGAGCGAGGCUAAUACUGCACAGUGAUUUGACAGCAGAGCUGGCACAGUGCCUGCUUUACAUCUCUGGAUCAGCAGCCUAACGCAAUAAGGAUAUAAGCGGCUUAUUGAGAAACAAACACGCUGCUGUGGAGGAAGUGGAAUUUGAAAGAGAGUGCAUUAACUGUCUUGAGGAGUCCUAUGUGCACUGUGUGGUUAGCUUGGAACUGAUCGUGCUGCUUGGGGUAACUACAGGACAAAAGUAUUUUCUUGUUUGUAGUAGUAUCACGAGUAGACGCAGACAAAUGUGACCAUUGAGUCUCAAAGCCCUGCAUUAAUUGCACAGAGAGAGAGAGAGAGUGUGAAUGACUUUUAUUUCGGAAUUUUGGUGCUCAUGUUUGAUUGACAAUGGGAGGAAACCUAGGCUGCCACCGUUCAAUCCCCAAAGAUCCAUUGGAGAUAGGCCAGAAUCGCAAGUUCAGUGCAGCAUGUAACUUCAGCAAUAUCCUGGUGAAUCAGGAGCGACUCAACAUCAAUACAGCCACUGAAGAGGAGCUUAUGACCCUCCCAGGGGUUAACCGGAUGGUGGCCCAGAACAUUGUGGAGUACCGGGAGUGUAUUGGCGGGUUUAAAAAAGUUGAGGAUUUGGCACUGGUGAGUGGUAUCGGUGCUGCCAGGCUGGAGCAGGUUAAGCUGGAGAUCUGCGUGACGAACAGUAAAAGCAUUGGCUCGGCUCAGCACUCACCCAGCUCCACGCGGAAGGAUCCCUACUCUGAAACUCUCUCCUCUGCCAGUAGGAUCAAUGUUAACACUGCUACAGUGGCCCAGCUGAUGAACCUGCAGGGGAUCAGUGACCGGAUUGCACGCGGCAUUGUGAGUUACCGGAAAGAGUGUGGACCAUUCGAAACAGUUGAUGACCUGCUGAAAGUAACAUCUGUCAGCUCCUCGCUCUUAAAUGCGGUCCGGCCUCGCAUUGUCGCAGAAUGUUCACGGCCCACGUCCACCCACACGGCCAAUGGCGGUAUUGAUUUCACAGCCAAGCCUCGGCCUAGCCCCACUUCGCUCAGCCUGCAGAGUGAGGACCUGGACCUUCCUCCUGGUGGGCCAACUCAGAUCAUUUCAACCCGGCCAAAUGUGGAGGGUUUUAGCGGACUGAGAGAUGGUGAGCGUGUCCUAAGGGUGGCCACUUGGAAUCUGCAGGACUGCUCCAUCGAAAAGGCCAAUAACCCUGGGGUGAGAGAGGUGGUGUGCAUGAGCCUUCUGGAGAAUAGCAUCAAGUUAUUGGCUGUGCAAGAAAUUAUUGACCGUGAAGCUCUAGAAAAGUUCUGUGGAGAAUUGAAUCAGCCAAUGCUGCCAAAUGUUCGUAAGUGGAAAAGUCCUAGAGGAUGUUGGAAAUGUGCUGUAUCCGAGAAACCAUCUGUACAGAUGCAUGAGAGUGGAGAGUAUGCGGGUUAUCUUUGGGACAGCAGUGCUGGAGUCGAACUGAAAACUGCCUUUCUUCUGGAGAACGCGCACACCAAUGGAAAUGGGAAACCCUGUGUCUCCAAGCCUUACGUUGCAUGUUUCAAGGUUGGAACGAUGAAUGUUACCCUGGUAAAUAUCCAUCUGAAAGGAGCAGUCCCUACGGAAGAGAAAACGCACACUGAUAGCCAUCAUGUGUCACUGUUUACAGACACUCUUCAGGCAACCCUGAAAGGUGAAAAGGACAUUGUUAUUUUGGGAGACUUCAAUCUGUCACCUGAUGUGAAUGAUUUUGACCUCCUAAGAAAAGAGAGAUUUUUUCACUGUGUUCCAGCCAAUACUUACACAAAUAUUAGCACUAAGAACCCCCAAGGUUCAAAGUCUACAGACAACAUCUGGAUCAGUCGCUCACUCAAGAAAACAUAUUCAGGUCAUUGGGCUGUUGUUAGGGAAGGUCUCACCAAUCCCUGGAUUCCUGACUGUUGGUCAUGGGGUGGAGUUGCGUCUGACCACUGUCCAUUAUGGGCAGAAUUCUACAUAGACAAAGACUUAAAUAGGAAAGUGCCAUUUGGAAACGGCAGUGCAGUGACUGUUGAGCAAGCCGAUGGGAGCACAAAGGAUGAACGGUGACACACAAAGGCUGCAUACCAUGUUGUUACUGGACAUUUAUGUGUCAAUGAAGCCAGUUAGUGACUGAAUGUGAAAGCAUCUAAUCUGCCUUUUUUAACGAUUAAGUUGUGAUGUGAUUUGUUUCUACUACAAUAAGUAUGUAAUAGAGAAAUGUAGUCAAAUGUUCAUUUUUGGAGGGGAACUGGAGUAAGAAGAGACUUUUAAAUUGAAGGAAAGAUACUUUAUGCCAAGUGAAAUGGCAAUUUAACGUAAUGUUAUUAAUCUACCCUAUUUUGGAAAAGAAAAUGGAAUUGUGUUUAGUUUCUUCUUCCGUUUUUCCAGUUCAAAAAAACUUCAAGGUACUGCACUAUUCAAUUCAAUACCACUGAUGUAGCUUGAAUUCAGAAGCUAAAUACAAAAACUACAGUUGCUGCUGGUAUUUUGUGCUUUGGAUAACACAUUAUAUAAAAGGUUCAAUUUGUACAUAAACCUUCUCAAAAUAGUAAAACAAAAAAAUUUAUUUUGUGAUUAUUGCACAGAACUUUAGGAUAUAUUGUUCCUAUUCUGAUAUUAGCAAUAUAAAAAGAAAAAAAAAUUCUAUUUGUACUGAUCUUGUAUUGGUACAGUACUUUAUGGAGAGUGAAAAUGUUUGGUACGCUAAGAUUGCGUCUGUUGCACAUUAGUAACAUACUGCUGGGGUAAUUCAUAAUUUGCUUGAACCCAGGGAGUUUUAAGGGAUGAGUCUGCAUUCUGCAGUAAAAUGGUGCUAGCACAGUGUAGCUAGAUCCACAGUCUGACACUUGAACAUUGACUGUCUCCAGUGCGCCUGUGACUAGAAUACCAAAAUGGUACCAUUUAUGACUAUUACUAUCAUUACAACUUGUAAUAUGAGACUGUAUGUUACUCUGAAAUUGCACCUUUGAUUAAAAAGCUAAUAAACUUAACCAUUGUGAGCAAAUU